CGCGUGGGAGUCGUUUCGAAAAAGUCUGUUUCGCGAGCGGUGAGGACUGAGGAGUGUGGAGGCCUAAAACCAUGGCGGCGAGCAUCGGGAUCAUGGACGGCGCCUACUUCGUCGGCAGGGGCGAGAUCCUGCACUGGAUCAAUGCGACCCUCCAGCUCUCCCUCGCCAAGGUCGAGGAGGCAGCGUCUGGCGCAGUGCAGUGCCAGCUCAUGGAUAUGGUUCACCCUGGAGUGGUGCCCAUGCAUAAGGUCAAUUUCGAUGCGAAGACAGAAUAUGACAUGAUCCAGAACUACAAGGUUCUUCAGGACGUGUUCAACAAGCUGCGGAUAGGCAAGAAUAUUGAGGUCAACAAGCUUGUUAAAGGACGGCCAUUGGACAACUUGGAGUUCCUUCAGUGGUUGAAAAGAUAUUGUGAUUCUGUGAAUGGUGGAAUUAUGAACGAAAACUACAACCCUGUAGAAAGGAGGUCAAAGGGAUGCAAAGAACGUGUCUCAAAGGGUUCCAAUAAGCCAUCUAAAUCAUUGCAAGCCAAUAGGCUUUCUGGUGCUGAUCCAACAGAUGGAGGCCAUGGAGUUGGGAAAGUAUGUAACACUUUUUCUGAAGAGCAUUACAUAGAACAGAUUCAGAAGUUGUCUGAAAAGAUUGCAGACCUGAAAGUUUCUGUCGAUAGUACUGAAAAAGAAAGAGACUUCUACUUCUCGAAGUUGCGUGAUAUUGAGAUACUGUGUCAACGGCCUGAGUUAGAGCAUCUACCGAUGACUAAGGCGGUCCGGAAGAUACUUUAUGCAGCUGAUGCAAAGGAUUCACCGCUACCUGAGGCGAAUGAUAUAAUCACAAAGUCACCAAGCUUGUUCUCAAAUGAAACCGAGUGAGAUGUGCGGCUACAUGAGCUAAUUUUGGUGCUUAUUUUCCAUCAUUGAUCGUCUUAGUUUUGAGUCUGUAAAUGCGUAAAAUAACAUUUGACACAAGUCUUUUUGCUGUCAAAAACAGUUUUCCUGUAAGAACUUGAGUGGGGUUAAUUAGUUAUUACGCAUUCAUGCUUGAUGUGACUGUCCCUGUAUGGUUCCUCUGGAGAAUAUAGGGUCUGUUCACUUGACUAA